UCAAAUACCAGCUUGUGGGCAGUGACUUCCAGCGUCAGACACCAACAAAAAAAAGCCAUCUUUUCACAUUGGCGUGAUACACAGCUGAGUGCUGUUAUUCUGUAACAGUGCCCGCGGGUGUCGGAGGGAAACGUAGCAGUUAAGGGGGCGAAAGUCCUAGUGGGGCGAGUGGGAAGGGUGGUGGAGGGGUCCAACAACCACUGACUUUCACCCAGGAGGCUGAUGUUGGCUUCCUGCAUGAUUGUAAAGCCAAACCCUGUUCUUUUUCCCCAAACCCAACCACAAAAGAGACUGUAUGCAAACUGUACAUUUCCUGUGAAAACAGAAGUGUCUUUUGAAAACAGACAAUGCAUGUAACAGGCUGAAGUUGACACGGCGUCCCAGAACGUCAACAACCAACACACCCAGGGUACCUUGGACGUCAUAUGUGGACGUGGAAAGUCCAUGACCAAACGUGGACAUGUGACGAGGUCACAGUGAGGAUGUGUUGUCAAAGGACAUCUAAGAAAUCUUGGCGCGGCACACCAAAACACCAGCUGUACCUGAAUUUCAGGAAUUCACUCAUUCUGUUGUUUGUAGACAAGUUAAAUCUAUGUCAAAGUGACCGCUUUGAAAAUGGCCAUGCUGCCACAUUGCUGCAGAAAUGUCCUAUUUUUGUCAGAGUCACAACCUCAGAGACAGAGUAUUUGUUAUUUCACCAUGAUGGCUCCUCACCAGCAUCAAAAGUGAUUGAACCACUUCCUCAUAUUGUAGAGGACAGUCAGGGACAAGAAGACAUAGAAGUGGAUUUGCUGACACCUGUUGACCUGUUGCUGUACUGAUGUUUGUGCAGACUGUCCUCCAGAAUAACGAAUUUGUUUGCAUUCACACAAGCGAUAAAACUGAGUGCCUCCAUGAGUUUUACAUUUAGGACAAUGUGGUGAAAUAGUUUUUGGCCCUGAUCACACAGAAAGUGUUUUGCAGGUUGAAAAAUGCGAGACACACCGCACUGCCACACUACUUUUUUUUUUUUAACAGAAUAAAUGCCACUAGUGGAAAAAAAAACCCCACUUGCUUCCUUUUUAACGUUGCCACCCCAUCACCUCCUUACCUUAUGGUGCGUUCAUUUGUACUCGGAGGUCGGAAGUCAGAAGUGGGAAUGACGUCACCUCCAAGUUGACAACAGUUUUUGCAUUCUAGUUGACAAUGGUGGACAAGUCGGAAAAAAAACAUGGACGCCCGCAAGAAAGCCUUUGUUGCCCUUGCACUUUCAGAGUAUAGACAGCUUCAAAACCAACAUGCACUCCAGCUGAUGAAUGCUGCAGAUGAGGCUGACCUAAUGUAAAACAAAUAAGAUAAAAUUGCUAUAAACAGUACUUUAGCAGAGUGUUGACUCACUGUGUAUGUGACUGGCAGCCAUCUUGAAUUCGUAAGUCUGGGUUGACGCGUUUGCUCCGAGUUUCUGAGUUGGAAAUCUGAUCUCAGGGAGCGUUCAAGUUUAAACUUCCGACCGGGACCUGUGAAUUUCUGACCUCCGAGUACAAACGAACGCACCAAUAACCUUCCCCUGUAAUGAAUCUACUGUUUAUUAUUGUAUGUAUCCUGCAGUAAUCAGUGUGUAGCUGCUGCCAUGUUGAGGCAGAGGGUGCUGUCUGUAGCUCUGGUUGAGGGUGAGAGGCUGUCAGCAGAUAAACAGAGAUCUGUGUGGGUACAUGAGACCCUAAAAAAGAGGCUGGAUCAUGGGGAGUACCACCAGUUGGUCCAGGAGCUUCUCCUCCAUCAUGGACGUUUACAGUACUGCACUUAUCUGCUGUUUUCUAUUGAGAUGGUGCUAACUGUGCUUUGUGAAGUCGUAUAGCUCUGGGUAUCCAGCAACCACUACCACCAGUUUCUCCUCCAUUGGUUACCAACUGUAAACUUGUUGUCGUGACCACCACAGAAGCCCCGCCUCUCAAAUCAUCUGAUUGGACAGUGGGAAAUGGGGAGGCGCGUAGCAACACAAAAACAGCGAGCAAAAAGUUUCAUUCUCAUUAAAAGUAUGAAAGUAUUAAAAAUAUUUAUUGCAAGUUGAGAAUCUGGAAGGAAUCCACAGGAUCUCUUGCCACACAUCAUUAUCUAUUAGAAGUUGCUGUAAGUGAUGUUUUUUAUACUGCUGGAGCGGCGCAAUGAUUCCAUAACAAACUUUACAGCUUAUAUUGAAACAGACUUUACAACAAGACAUGGUGUCUGUUUUCAUUUUUAUGCUGAUGACACACACAUGUACCUGCCCGUUAGAUCCACAGACGCUGGAAUGAUGUGUUCACUCAGUAACUGCCUCACUGAUGUUACGAGCUGAAUGUCAUAAAACUUUCUCCAGCUGAACUCAGACAAAGCUGAGGUUGUUGUCGUCAGGCUGCAGCACGUUACUAAACAAAUUCUGCCUUUGGCUGAAUUUCAAACCUGUUGUGAGAAAUCUCAGAGUCUGGUCUGACAGUAAUUGAAGUUUUGAGCAGCACGUCACAAAGCUCGCACAAUAAUGCUUUUAUCAUCGUAGGCAUAUUUCAAAGCUACGAUCCAGUUUAACUUUUAAAGACACAAAGAUGAUUUUACACGCCUUCAUCUCUUCACGCCUGGAUCGCUGCAACAGCCUCUUUUCCUGUCUGAAUUAUAAAUCUAUUAAUCGACUCCAAACUGUUCAGAAUUCAGCUGCCAGAGACGUGAUCACCGGCUCAUAGUGUGUUUUGGAAAAAAAAAAAUAAGAUUUUACUGAGUACCUUUGAGGUUCUUCAUGGUCUCUCCUCCAGCUACAUAUCUGACCUCUCAGUACUGUACACAUCAGGACGAACUCUGAGGUCCUCGGGCAGCAGAGGUCUUUUGUCUGUUCCACAGGCUGAAAACUAAAGGGGACAGAGCGUUUGCUGUCAGGGCCCCGAAGCUCUGGAACAAUCUGCCAGAGGAAAUCAGGUCAGUUGAGUCAGUGAUCUCUUGAAGUCCCUUCUUAAAACAGACUUUUAUCAGAGAGCCUUAACUCAUAUUAUCUGAGUCUUUUGUUUCCUCAGUUUUUAAAAACUUAUAUAUUUAUCAGUUCUUUUAAAAGUUGUUCUCAUGUUUUAUCUGUUUUAGUUACUGACAUGUAAAACACUUUGUGAAUCUGUUUACAUAAAGAUAAUAACUAUUAUUAUAUGUUAUAAUUAUAUGUUAUAAUUGUUAUUAUAACAAUUAGCCGUGGCUUCGCUUCAGUAAACAAAGUGAUCAGUGACAAAACUGUGUCCUCUCUUUCCUGUGAUUUCCACCUGAUGAUGUUCAUUUCAGAGUUCUACUUUUUAAAAUCCUCUGUGUCACAAACACAACAGCUCAUUACUUCCUGUGUGUCAGAAGACUUUCUGAGGGCUGAGCUUCAUGUUUGGAUCAAGUUAAACCACCAAUGUUAUAAUAAUUAGAGCCGUAGAGUUUCCUGCAGGACAAUCGUGUCUGCGUUCAUCGUUGUGUCUGUUCACAGAGAGAAUCUGUAUUUUUUCACCACUUUGAAUUGUGUUGUUAUUCGGUUGCUGCCACAACAUUAACUGUCCCUUCUGUUUUAAUCUGUGGUUUUGUGACACAACUGGUUGUGACAUUGGCAGUGAUGGAUUAAUCUCCACACACCCACAGCAGAGGCAGCUGGUGGAUAAAUACAGGUAACAUUGUAGGACAGCAGAUCACUAUCUAACAGAUGCUUCACCAGGAUCACUGUCAGAAGAAUAAACAUGGCAGACUACGUCAAUGAACCAACUGAUCAGCAGAGGAAGAGUCCAGAGAGGAGAGGAUGCUGUCACUCAGGUGAAUCAAAAAUCUUCUUGGUGGUUGGAGUCAGCUUCGGCCUGCUGUGCAUCGUACAGGCAGCUCUCAAUAUUUCUCUUCGGCUCCAAGGAACUGGGUCUGACCACAUCAACUCUACCAACAUCACCAUGAUGUCACCUGCUGAAAUCAGCAACCUGCUUCGAGAUAGAGACCUGCUGAUAAGGGAAUACACAAUGUUGAAUGCCAAUGAGAGAUGGUUAGAGAGGCGCCUCAGCGAACAGCGAAAUCAGAUCGACAAGCUUCAGGCUGAAAUAAAAAGACUCUCUGAGAUGGGAUCCCAACACAGUCAUUGUCCCCGAGGGUGGAAGUUCCACAUGUCCAGCUGUUACCGCCUUUCCACUGAGCUAAAGAACUGGAGAGAUGCCAAAGAGGACUGUGGGAGAAACGGAGCUGAUCUUGUGGUUUUAAAUGAUGAAUCAGAAGCGGAAAUUCUUCUUAAGUUUGGAAGUGCUGUCAUGUGGAUCGGCCUGAGGGCUAGACGCUGGCCUCAGGAUAUGUGGACGUGGGAGGAUGGACGCUUGCUGACUUUAGAAGAUCAGAUGAAGUUCAGCUGGCGCCAGACGUUAGAGAACGCGAGGCAGGCAGAGCCAACGCUUCAGAGUGGCAGUGACUUGAAGAAGGUGCAGCCAGGUGAUCCAAGUCUCACCUGUGCCUAUGCCGAACAGUUGCUGCCUGGCAGGCUGAGGUUUGUCCCUGCCGACUGUGCGGACCAACACUACUGGGUGUGUGAGAUGAUGGUGAUGUGACGAACAGCACAACAACCAUGAAGUAACACGUCACGUCUUUCUGUUUAUGUCAUAUCCUUUUCCAUCAGUCAUACACACACACACACACAGACAGUGUACUGUAUAUUUGCAUUGAGUCUCUCUUCUUUUUAAUUUCAUGUUGUGUGUGUGUGUGUGUGUGUGUGUGUGUGUGUCCUUUUAAUCACUCUGUUUUAAAGUGAAGUCUUUCAGCUGAUGGAGGGCGCUGUGUUUGGACGACUGAAAGUUGUAUUGAGACAGAAACUCAGUCUGUGAUGUGUUUAGAGUCUGGUCAGUAGAAAGACUCUGUGAUUGUCUUGUAAAAUAAAUUCUUGUCAGAAUAAACACGUCUGCUGGAGUAUUUAAAUCUCUGUGUAAAGGAAUAAUAACUUGCUGUCAGCGUUAACUUCUCGAUCACAAUGUGAUUCAGCUCCAAACAUGAACAUGUUAUUUAUUGUUUUCAUCACGUUAAUUGUGUGCUGCUUUUUGUCUCUUCAGCAUCAACCUUACUUGUGUCAAACAGAAUUAAAACGUCACCAAAGUACUCUGAGUUUGAGCUUCGACCUGCGAGCAGAAGUCUCGCCAGGUUCAGGAGUUAGUGCAGGUCGACUGUUUCCCAGGCGUUCAGCCACAUGUCCUCAGCUCUGUCUCCUGUGUCUUUUUAUUUUUGAAAUGCAGUGUUAACAUAUCAUGUGUUUGUGCAAAAUAAACUUAAAAAAAAACCUUUAAAAAAAACGUACACCCACACAUAAA